AAAUUGAUGGUUGGUAGAAAGAAGUAAAGCUCAUGUAAGACUUGAGACUUGAGACUUGAGAGUCAAGUCAAGUCAACUGGCCUUCCUUCCAUGGAUGAUCAUCCUUGGUUUCGUUGCCUCCAAGAAGAAUAUACAUAAAUAAACCCGCUAUCGUUUUCUAUUCACACCCACAUCAACACAUGGAUACAACCACCACAAUCGCUCCUCUACUCUUCUGUACCUGUGCUUGUCUCAUCUUCUUCUCCGCUUCAUUGUCAGAAGCAACAGUAGUUGGUUAUGGCUACACCAUCUCAACUGUCAACAAUUAUCCCAUAAAGAAUUCUUUGACUGCAAACCUUAACCUCAUCAAAUCCUCCUCUGUUUCCGGACCCGACAUUCCACACCUCUCCCUCACUGCCAGUUUUGAGAACAAGGAUAGGUUGAGAGUAAGAAUCACUGACUCCAAUCACCAAAGAUGGGAAAUUCCACAAGAAGUGAUUCCAAGAGACUCAUCUUCCCAACAUUACCCUCUUGGCUUCCUCAAUACCAAACAAGGUUCCCAUCAGCCAAAAGACUCUCUGAGCCUCACACAUUCAGACUCAGACCUUGUUUUCAGUCUCCACAACACCACUCCAUUUGGCUUCACAGUCUCUCGCAAAUCUUCCAAUGAUGUCCUCUUCCACGCCGCACCAGACCCUUCCAACCCGGAAACUUUUCUUGUCUUCAAAGACCAGUACCUGCAGCUCUCUUCCUCCCUUCCAUCGCAAAGAGCCUCUCUUUACGGCUUCGGGGAACACACCAAGAGCUCCUUCAAGCUGCGACCGAACCAGACCCUUACACUUUGGAAUGCAGACAUUGCAAGUGCCAACCUUGACUUGAACCUUUAUGGCUCUCACCCUUUUUAUUUGGACGUCAGAUCACACUCCUCUGAUGGAAAAGUGAAGGCUGGCACCACACACGGGGUGUUGCUGCUCAACAGCAAUGGAAUGGACAUUGUGUAUGGUGGUGAUCGAAUUACUUAUAAAGUCAUUGGUGGGGUUUUUGAUCUCUACUUUUUCGCUGGAUCCUCUCCUGAAUUGGUGUUGGAGCAGUACACUCAACUCAUUGGAAGGCCUGCUCCCAUGCCUUAUUGGUCCUUUGGUUUUCAUCAGUGUCGAUGGGGCUACAAGAAUGUUAGUGAUCUCGAGGAUGUGGUUGCCAACUAUGCAAAAGCAGGUAUACCCCUUGAAGUUAUGUGGACAGAUAUUGAUUACAUGGAUGCAUUUAAAGAUUUCACAUUAGACCCCAUUAACUUUCCGCUGGAUAAGAUGAGAAGUUUUGUUGAUACUCUUCACAAGAAUGGUCAGAAAUACGUGCUUAUAUUGGAUCCAGGUAUCAGUGUAAAUGAGACAUAUGCAACCUAUGAUAGAGGUUUGAAGGCUGAUGUCUAUAUAAAGAGGAAUGGAAACAAUUAUCUUGGUCAAGUUUGGCCCGGACCAGUUUAUUAUCCUGAUUUUCUAAACCCUCGCAGCCAAGCAUUUUGGGGUGGGGAAAUCAAAUUAUUUAGGGACCUUCUCCCUAUUGAUGGUAUUUGGCUUGACAUGAAUGAGUUAUCUAAUUUCAUUACUUCUCCUCCCAUUCCAUCUUCAAAUCUUGAUAAUCCUCCUUAUAAAGUUAACAAUGUUGGAGAUCAACGACCCAUUAAUGACAAAACUGUUCCAGCAACAUCUUUACACUUUGGUAAUAUCACUGAGUAUAAUGUCCACAAUUUGUAUGGACUACUAGAAUCCAAAGUAACUAACAAAGCAUUAAAGGAUAUAACUGGUAAAAGGCCAUUCAUCCUAAGUAGAUCAACCUUUGUGAGUUCUGGUAAGUAUGCUGCCCACUGGACUGGAGACAAUGCUGCUACAUGGAAUGAUUUGGCAUACUCAAUCCCUGCGAUAUUAAAUUCUGGAAUCUUUGGAAUUCCAAUGGUUGGAGCAGAUAUAUGUGGUUUCGAAGGAAAUACAACUGAAGAACUUUGCGGGCGUUGGAUCCAGUUGGGGGCUUUUUACCCCUUUGCAAGAGAUCAUUCAGUAAUAAACUCCAUCCGGCAAGAGCUUUACGUUUGGGAUUCAGUGGCUUCAUCAGCUAGGAAAGUGCUUGGCCUACGCUAUCGUCUUCUCCCUUAUUUCUACACACUAAUGUAUGAAGCACAUACAAAAGGGACUCCCAUUGCAAGACCCCUUUUCUUUUCUUUCCCCGAGGAUGUCACCACAUAUGAAAUAAACUCACAGUUUCUAUUAGGUAGAGGAGUUCUGGUGUCACCUGUGCUACAAUCCGGGGCAACCACUGUUGAUGCAUACUUUCCUAAAGGAACUUGGUUUGAUCUCUUCAAUGUCUCAAAUUCAGUGAAUGCAGAAUCAGGCAAGUAUGUCACUCUUGAUGCUCCAUAUGAUCACAUAAAUGUGCAUGUUGGGGAAGGUAAUAUUUUGGCCUUGCAAGGAGAAGCAAUGACAACUGAUGCUGCGCGGAAAACUGCAUUUCAACUUGUGGUGGUUAUCAGUAGCAGCAGAAGUAGUUAUGGACAAUUGUACUUGGAUGAUGGGGAGGCACUUGAUAUGGCAGGGGCGAAAGAUCAGUGGACACUGGUAAGCUUUUAUGGCGCGUUACACAACAAUAGCGUUUCUGUAACAUCUAAGGUCACUAAUGGAAGGUUUGCUCUGGACCAAAGGUGGAUCUUAGACAAGGUGACUUUCUUGAGGAUACCUAAGCUAGCAGGGAAUGAGUUGAGUAUUGUGAAUGGAACAAGUUCAAUGAAGAAGGCAAUUGUGAAGUCUCAAUUUGAUAGCUCCUCUCAGUUUGUCAAUGUACAAGUUUCAAAAUUGUCGCUUCUUAUUGGAGAGGAAUUCCAGCUGGAGAUAGAAAUCAAGUAGAAGGGUACCUUAAGAUAGCAAAUUCCCACUAAGAAUUUGGGCUCUCUUCAUGGUUGCAUUGUUGAGGCCCUUCUUUUCCCACUGCUAAGGUUACUAUUAAGGAUGUUCCCAAGUGAGGACAUCAAUAUUUAUAAAAUGUCAUGUUUGUAUCUUUAAUAAAUGUUACAGAAUAGUAUCAACCUUGAUAUGAAGCUCAAACAUGAACAUAUCUGCCUAUCAAUAAUAGUGCCGAUUAAUAUUAUUAUCUACCUA